AGGCAAACUCUCCUAAAAAGAUAAUAAACGCCUCAUGUGUGUGCAUUUUGGGGAACUCAAUAAAUCGAGUAGCUGCACAAUCUUAAAAACAAGUAAGAAAGUAAUCCCUGAAGGACGUUUGAGACAUUUGAAUGGAGACAAUGAAGUUUGUGCAGUUGGGAUUUAUUAUUUUCCUUUGUAAGGCUUUUGUAUGUGGAUUUGCGGAGGAGUCUUCAUGUACUCCUGGCUUUGAGUCGGAGUUGCUGGUGUUUAAAGUGCACAGAGAUCACCUUCACCAAGGAAAAAGACUAGGAAGAGUAAUUUUUAAUACAUGUGAUGGAAGAACAAGAAUGCUCUUUCAGUCCUCUGACAAGUGGUUUGAUGUGGACACGGAUGGGACUGUAACGCUGAAGAGACAAGUCACUCUUCAUGAAGGUCACAAGGUGUUUUCUGUGCACGCUUGGGACUCCAGUGGCAAGAAGCACACGGUGUCUGUCAGAGUUGAGCGUGUCCACCAUCAUGAGGACCAUCACAUGGACACGGUCAUGAACAUCUCCUCUCCACAGAUGGAGUCUCACUCUGAUGAUCUGAUUCUGAUGUUUCCAAAGUCUUCGACGGGUCUAAAGAGAGCAAAGAGAGGUUGGGUUAUUCCUCCGUUCCGUGUUCUUGAGAAUAGCAGAGGUCCUUUCCCAAUAAAGCUGGUCCAGAUAAAGUCAGAAAAGUCUAGUGAAGCUCAGAUGCAAUACAGUAUCACAGGUGAAGGAGCAGAUCUGGACCCUAAGGGGACUUUUAUUAUAGAAACAUUUUCAGGGAAUCUGUUUGUGACUCGACCACUCGACAGAGAAAGAAAAGCUUCAUACAGAAUUAUAGCUCAUGCUACUGGAGUUGAUGUGAAUAUAGAAGACAAGCCGAUGGAAAUUAUUGUACAUGUGCUGGACCAAAAUGAUAAUUAUCCUGUUUUUACUCAAAAUCCAUUUAAUGGAAAUGUCCCUGAAGCUGCUGAAAUAGGUCAUGAGUUUAUGACAGUCACAGCCACUGAUGCAGAUGAUCCAAAUACUGACAAUGGUGUGAUCAGUUACUCAAUUGUCAAGCAAGAUCCAGAAUUGCCAAAACCAAACAUGUUUGAAAUCAACUCUGUUACUGGAGGAAUUCGUGUGAAUUCUGUAGGCUUGGACAAAGAGAAAUGGUCCAAAUACACUUUGACAGUUGUGGCUACUGACAUGGAAGGAAGAGGUUAUUCAACCACUGGCACAGCUGUUAUUACUGUGACUGACAGCAAUGAUAACGCACCUCAGUUUGAGCAAACCUCGCAAACUGUAUCUGUCCCAGAGAAUAAAGUAGGGGCUGUAGUGGCCAAACUUGCAGUUACUGAUGAAGAUGAAGAGGGAUCUCCUGCCUGGUCAACCAAAUAUCGGAUUAUUAGCGGUGACAAGGGUGGGUUUUUCAAUGUCAGUACUGGACCCAGCCGGCUAGAGGGCAUCAUCACCACUGCAAAGCCUCUGGACUUUGAGAAGAACAAGCAAUACAUUCUGUCUGUGAUUGUUGAGAACGAUGAGCCGUUCGUCGGUGCUUUGGCCACUUCCACUGCCACAGUCACGGUGAAUGUAGAAGAUGUGAAUGAGCCUCCAGAGUUUAAUCCAAAGGAGAAGAUUAUUUACAAACCUGAAGAUUCACCGAUUGAUACUGAAUUGGUUUCUUAUACAGCCACUGAUCCAGACAUUGGAAAGUCACAGAAGAUAAUGUAUAAAAUUGGCAAUGAUCCUGAAGGCUGGCUGAGUGUAAAUCAAGACACUGGAUUGAUUAAAGUCAGGAAACUUAUGGAUAGAGAAUCUUCCAGUGUCAAAGAUGACAAAUACAGAGCUAUCAUUUUGGCUGUGGAUGAUGGUGAUGCUCCAGCGACAGGCACUGGAACCCUGAUAAUUGAGUUGUCGGAUGUUAAUGACAACGCUCCUGUCAUUAAUGAAAGGAUUAUAAAGAUUUGCAAUCGUGGUUCAACCCCAGUGCUUCUCUCUAUAACGGACAAAGAUGGACCUCCUUAUGCUGGUCCCUUUACUGUUGAGACCCAAGGAGAAACCAGUGAAAAUUGGUCCGCCACAAUGAAUGAAACAUCAACCGGUGUCUUUCUGAAACCGAAGUUUACAUUGGAGCAGGGUGACUACAAUGUUAUCCUGAGAGUUUUUGAUAACCACAGACUGUCUCAGGAUAGCACCAUUCAAGCAUCUGUGUGUGACUGUGAAGGAGAUGAUGUCCAAUGUACUGACUGUGAAAAAGCUUCUUGCUCAGCAAGCAAUGCUGCCAUCAAUAUUGCUAACAUCGCUCAUAUUGUAUUUGUCUUUUAUUUUAUUAUUUUAUGAUUAUUUUCAUUCAUU